UCAGCUGUCAGCCUGGCGGAAGUUGACGAGCUGCCAUGUUCGCGGCCUCCUCUCUCUUUUUUGGGCUGUGCUAAACGUCAACAGCACACACGUUCCGUUUGCGGAGGAAUAUUUUCCCGAUUUUAGCCAGUAAAAUCGUCCCAAGAUGCCGCAGGAGAUCAAAGAGGUGAAGGACUUCCUCAUCAAGGCCCGCCGGAAGGAUGCCCGUGCCGUCAAGAUAAAGAAGAACGAAAACAACACCAAGUUCAAGAUCCGCUGCUCCCGGUACCUGUACACGCUGGUGGUCCAGGACAAGGAGAAGGCCGACAAGCUGAAGCAGUCGCUGCCACCGGGUCUGCAGGUCAAGGAAGUCAAGUAGGGUGGUGAUUUUCUCAUGGCGGUAAAAUGCUUUUUUUUGUUGCUUUCUUUUUGACGGAAGUGAGGAAUUACUGACUAAAGCGUUCUGUGAACAACCUGAAGCGAUUCCAAUAAAGAUGUGUUGAAAGCAA